AUGGCAGGUCAUCUACAAGCAAGUUUCCUCAGCUACGCAGACAACCUAGAUGGAACGAUACUGACAGUCAAUCGUAGCGUCUUUCUCCGACGGAAUACCACCAUGCUAGGCACGGUCUUUUUCUCGGCUUUCGCAUUGCAACUGGCUUUUGAUACCGGAUCGGAUAAAAUUUGGGAUUCUGUCAACAAGGGUCGGCAAUGGAAGGACAUCAAGCAGCGUUACAUGGAGCAGUCCGAUGAGGAAUAA